UUUAAAUGACAUGAAUAAAAGAUGUAAGCAGGUGUUCACCAACUUUAGCCCACAUGAAGUACAUGAGAAUGAUCAAAUAGCAGACGCCCUUCUGGCACCAGUGGAGUUAAACAUGUUUGUAGACAAACAAGUCAAGUCAGAAGAGGUCAAACCAUGCAGGGAAGACUCGUGAGUUUAAAACUCAAUAAUCAGAGGACUCGAACGCACGGAUAUGUUGCUGCAGCGCGCUAUUUUCUCCCCACUCUUGUCUCCAUGGAGGAGUCAAACCUCCGCCAGUAAGAGGGCCUUAAUGCCUCCUCGCUUCGCCGCUACGCUCAGAAACAACUCCGGCCUCCGAGAUGUCAAGGAGCGGACACUCGUUGCUGUCAAACCAGACGGCGUCCAGCGUCGCCUUGUGGGACAGAUCAUUCGCCGUUUUGAGCAAAGGGGCUUCAAACUGGUGGGCCUGAAAAUGCUACAAGUGUCAGAGGAGCUGCUGUCUCAGCACUAUUGUCAACUGACACAGAAAGCUUUCUACCCCAGUCUGGUGCAGUACAUGACCUCUGCUCCUGUGGUUGUCAUGGUAUGGGAAGGUCACAAUGUGGUGCAGGCAUCACGUGUGAUGGUGGGACCCACCAAUCCUUCUACUGCCCAAGCAGGAACAGUCAGGGGAGAUUUUAGCCUUCACGUCAGUAGGAAUGUGGUCCAUGCCAGCGAUUCCCUGGAGGGAGCUGAGAGAGAGAUUCAGCUGUGGUUUCAAGGAAAGGAGCUCCUCAAGUGGGAAUGUUGGGACCAGACUAUCACCUGCGAAGAGUGAAGAUGCUGAGCAGUGAGGAUCAGUGAUGCUACCUCUUCUCUUUCUGCUAGUUGAAAAACGGUCCUCUGACCGUGAGCCUGAAAACCAUGCUCAGUAUUAAUCCUUGCAUCAUUCAGCUCAGGAAACAAAUAAUUGUGUAAUUUAAACGACAUGAACAACUACACUUCAACAGGUUUAACAUUCCUAUCAUGGCAAAAUGUGUAUGUUAUAUAAAUGCAGUGGUAAUUGAUUGCAGCUUUCUGCAAUCACCUAUAUGUCAGAAUUAUUUUAUUUGCAUACAGUUCAGUCAAACGUCUCUCAUUCUGAGCUUGAAUGUAUUUUUUGGGCCUCUAAUGACUUAUUUGAACUGUUUCAUUGAAUGAUAACAAAAACAAAGUACACAGAAUCUAGUGUAACAUGAUACAUACAGAAAUACAGUGACAUUAGUCAUGUAAUAAGUGGUGCUGAAGGUUCCAGAUUGUCUUUUAACUUGACAAGGCCAACCCCUAUUUACUGGAAUAAUGACAGUAGAAUCUAGGUCUAAAACUGUACAUGUUCUACAGGGACCAUGUAAUGAAAGCAUUAGACGCAAGGUAAAGAGGCUCUGUACCAGAUUAUAGUGUUUUGCCUAUCGUUCACAAUCAUGAGAGACAAGAAGACAAAAAGGUUGGGGUUAUUUUCGGCUUUCUAACAUAAAAAUUGGCUUGUUUUAGGUGGCUAGCAAUGCAGCUAAUGUGAGCAAUCAAUUCCACCUCUAAAUCACUUUACCAAUGCAUUCAAAAACCGUCAACAGUACUUCAUUUAUGUUCCGUAACCCAUUUAAUAACCAAGCUGUAGCGAUAUUGUUAUUGUAAGAGCGAACACUGAGGAACUCUUUUUCUAUCGUAGUGCUUUGGUAUUAGCCAUAAAAGCUAGCUACGGCAAGAGAUAAGCUGGCUUCUACAAGAACAUGAAAUACUUCUGGGUUUGUAAUGCACAACAGUGCAAUAAGACACUAAUUUGUAGUGACGGAAAAAAAAUUAACAAUCACAUUAUAGUAUCUGUAAGUAUUAGCCCACAUUUCUGUAUGUACUGUAGUUGUAAUGACACACAUGGCAUGCUGCAUAUAUCAUGAUGGAUAUUUAAAAUUCGUGUGGUCCAGCUGGCCGGGGACGUUUCCUGUUGAUUUGGGGUAAGCAAUCCAUUUAUGUCGAAAUAGCUUGGCUACAAGUUCAAAAUAGCGUCAAAAUCACUUUCAUCCCCCUCUCGGCUUCCGUCUGCUCCAAUGUCUCACUCUUCCUUUGUGCUGGCUUCUAAAAGCAGCAGUAUAUUUAGCUUCAAAAGUACAAGGUUGUGAAUCCUCAUAUGUACAAAAAUAGUCAUCUUUGUUGUCUGUUACAAAGUCUGCUAUGAUUAGAAAACACGUUCGUGUUUGAUUCCGGAAGUAGGAACACAAGUUGUUGCCAGAAAUCAGACAUGCGCUGCUAUGGAAACAGACAUCAAUGCGUGGAAUAAAUCAGUCCCGAAAAUGAUCAAAAUACGAUACAUAUUACAUAUUGUUAUGAACGUUUUUGUUACUACAUAUAUACUUGCACUUUGUAUAUAAAAUGUUUGAUGGAGGGUUUUGAAGGCUACAACGGUGACUCCCAUUACCUGCAUCUUCAAGCGUUUUUUCUCAUCUUCAAAAUCGUAAAAAAAAAAAAGACAUGCGUGUUCUUGUCUCUUAUAAUGAUUGUGAAGGGUAGGCAAAAUUCCCAAAAAAGUGCAGUUCCACUUUAAAGCGCAGACUAUAAAACACAAAAAAGAAACAUGAAUGCUGACACACUUGGUUUCUUCUUGUCCAGGACUUCAGGGAUUGUUUGUAUAAGGAUUGUAGUGGUUUCAGAGUUGUGUUUUUUGCUAAUGACCAGCAUGAUAUGGAGUAAUAAAAUGCGAUAUCAUGACAUUCAAAAUAAGUUAAGAUGCCUGGGGAGUGAAUGAGAAUGUGCAGUGUUGUAUUGUAUUUCAGGGUGCAACUCAUCUGUUUUGUGUUUUUUUUAAGUUAAGUGUGGGAUCUAAUGUAACACCAAGAUACUUAAACUCUGUGACAUUAUCAAUAUAUGUUCCGUUAACUGACUCCUUAGAUAAUGCAUGUGUUUUGGUUUGAUGGAAAAAUGCAUUGUCGUCGUUUUGUUGGUGUUCAGGGUGAGGUUCAUUCAACUAUUUUCCACCUUUUCGAUUACACGUUAGCUUGUUAGCCACAUGUUUAUAGUCUUUUCCAUGUGUAUGGAUGCAUACAUGUGAAUGGUUACAUAAUUGUCACAAACUGAUGGAAGGGAGGUCAUUAAUAAACACGGUGAAGAGCAGUGGACCUAAAAUGGAACCUUGUGGCACACCCAUGCUAAGAGCUCUUAGAGGUAAUAGUUUGGUAUUUGUGGAUAGUUUACAUCUUGUGAGGUUAAGGAUUCAUUCUGUCGAAGGCUUUACUUAAAUCUAGAGAAUUGGCUCCGACUACACCCCCUUUGUCCAGAUUAUUUUUUUAUCAUCUGAAUUAGAUGGCAAAAUUGGUGUUCAGUUGAAUGGUUUGUUCUGUCACCAAACUGCAUUUUGUGUGUGUCAGCACUUGUUAGAUCGACCAAUACUUACAACAAUGUGAAAGUCCAGGCCCAUAAUUGACAUGACAGUCAUUCCCAUAGUGAGUGAAUGGAAACUUCUGACAGGAACUUUGUUGAGAUUCAGGAAGCAUAUAAACUUAAGCAGUUAAAUUUUAGAACAAAAUAAAUUAUAUUUCUGCAAUGCUUUUUAAUGUUCUCUAUUUCUACUUCUGCUAUGUCUUCCAGAGGAAAGCAGAAACAUUUUAAAAUACUCAGACUUUUUUUUUUUUACUAUAAUCUCAGUAAUUUUAACUUGAAAACAUUUGUGGUGCUUCAAGUAAAAAAAACAUAAAACCCAAAUUAUUUAGUGGAUGCCUCAAGGAAUCAUUUACUGUAAAUAAUAGUUAGAGCUACAUAGGAAUUGUUAUUGUUGUAUAAAUGAAGUCCUUAUGGUGCGCUUUGUUGUAAUCGUCUUGUGCAAAAAAUGUUUACUGUAAGUUUCAAUAAGAUACAAAAAUGCACACAUUGGAAUUCAAUAAUUCAACAUUGUCUGCUUGUUGUAAAUCUUCAAUAUAAAUGACAACAGUUCAUUAACUUUAUUAGCUCUGAAAAUGCAAGCAUCAGUUUUCAAUAAAAAAUCAGCAGCUGA